AUGGGCGUCAUUCUGGUAGAGUCCGCCAAUGCGCCCAGGCCCAGGCCUGCAUUUAAAAUCACUUGGUCAUCAGAGGAGGAUAUCUCAGAGCUUGACAGCGAGAUCUCAGAGUACGGGUACGAGCCAGAUCGGAUCUCCGAGUCAGAGGGGGAGCAGAGUGGCUCCGAGUCAGAGCGGGAUCAGAUCUCAAGAUCCGAGCAGGAUCAGAUCUCAAGAUCCGAGCAGGAUCAGAUCUCAGGAUCCGCCGAGCAGGAUAAGAUCUCAGGAUCUGCCGAGCCAGAUCAGAUCUCAGGAUCAGAUCAGGCUGAGGAGAUCUCACAGCCUGACGAGAUGUCGGGAUCAGAGGUUGAGCCUGAUCAUGACGCCGACGAGGAGCCAGAAGUAGGGCCAGAGGCAGAAACCGCCGCUAACAUCACAGAAUAUGAGGCGAGGCGAUCAUACUGGUACAAGUACCAGUACCGCUCACAGGCAGUGGAUGCGAGCUCAGAUUCUUCUUCAGAGGAUGAGCGGCCCAUCGCUAAGCUUCUGACCGAGGUCCUGGCAUCACAGGAGGCAUCACAGGAAGCCUCAGAGGAGGCAUCAGAUGCAGAGGAGGCAUCAGAGGCAAACACCAAGCGCAAGGUGUUCAGCCGGCAUCACCGCGUUGCCCCGGCACCCCAGCAGGCCGCCACCCCGGAGGGCGCCGCGGAGCUCCCCGCCGACGUUUCGGUCCCUUCCACCGCCGAGGAGCAGGAGCAGACCCGGGAGCGUCAGGGGGUCCGGAGGAUCCAGGUCGCAGAGGCAGGAGAUGGUCUUCCUCCUGUGGCCUAG